GAAGUAUGGCUUCGAAUGAAUUACCUUGUUGAUUUCAAGCACCACUUCAUGCGUCAUUUUCCUUAUUCUUUACAAGAAACAAUCAAGCACAAAAAGAAAGAUUUAUGCAAAGGGAACAAGUGUUAUAUGUCAUCCUCCAACAAUGUAGACCAUCUUUUACUGAACUUAACCCUGUGUGACAUAAUGGUUUCACUGGCAAAUGCUUCAACACUGCAGACGGAUUCUGGAUGGUUAGAUAUGAUAAGGAAAUUUGUGACAGAUGCUCUUCAGGAUGGCAGCAGGUUGAAUAGCAAGCAGGUGAACAGAUUGCUUGGUGUUACUUGGAGACUAAUGCAAAUACAGCAAAACAAAG